CAAAAUCAUGGUCAAUCAACGUAUUGCUGUCAAAAAUCCUGUCGUCGAACUCGAUGGAGAUGAACAAACACGCGUUAUCUGGAAGCUUAUUAAGGAAAAACUCAUUCUCCCAUACCUUGACUUGGACAUAAAGUACUUUGACUUGGGCAUGGAGUACAGAGACGAGACCGAUGACCAAGUUACCAUCGAUGCCGCUGAGGCUAUUAAGAAGUACAAUGUUGGCAUUAAAUGUGCCACUAUUACUCCAGACGAAGCCAGAGUUGAAGAAUUCAAAUUGAAAAAGAUGUGGAAGUCUCCUAACGGUACUAUUCGCAAUAUCCUCAAUGGAACUGUGUUCCGUGAACCCAUUAUUUUGAGCAAUAUCCCCAGAUUGGUCCCUUCCUGGACCGAGCCCAUUGUCAUUGGACGUCAUGCUUUUGGUGACCAGUACCGUGCCACCGACUUCACUGUUCAGCAGCCUGGCAAAUUUGAAAUUGUCUUUACACCAGAGGACGGCUCGGAGCCAAAAAGAUAUGAGGUCUUUAACUUCACCGCUGAUGGAGGUGUUGGCAUGGCCAUGUACAACACCGACGAAUCCAUUCGAGGUUUCGCUCAUGCCUGCUUCCGCAUUGCCAUUGAAAAGAAGUACCCAUUGUACUUGUCCACUAAAAAUACUAUUCUGAAGGCCUAUGAUGGUCGAUUUAAGGAUAUCUUUGAAGCUAUAUACCAGCAAGAAUACAAGCCAGAAUUCGAGAAACUCGGCAUCUGGUACGAGCACCGAUUGAUCGAUGAUAUGGUUGCCCAAGCCCUCAAGUCCAAGGGUGGUUUUGUCUGGGCUUGCAAAAACUAUGAUGGUGAUGUCCAGAGUGACAUUGUUGCUCAAGGUUAUGGCUCACUUGGCUUGAUGACCUCUGUCUUAUAUUCCCCUGAUGGUAAGACAGUCGAGGCUGAAGCUGCCCAUGGAACUGUCACAAGACAUUACCGCGAAUACCAAAAGGGCAACCCUACCUCCACCAAUCCUAUCGCAUCCAUUUUUGCCUGGACCCGGGGUCUCGCUCAUCGUGCAAAGCUCGAUGAAAACGGGGAACUUCGUCGCUUCUGUGAUGAUUUGGAGUCAGCAUGCAGAUUAACUAUUGAGGAUGACCAGAAGAUGACCAAGGAUCUUGCUCUUUUGAUCUAUGGCAAGGACAUGAAGCCCGAACACUAUUCUGAAACUGCCCAAUUCUUGAACGAGAUCGCAGAUCGUCUUCGUAAGAUUCGCGGUGAACCCAAGUUGUAAAUCGGAACUAUACAUUGGACAUACAGAUGCUUAUGGGUUAAUGGUAGCCUUCCGAUGAGAAGCCAGCAAGGAAGGAUAGUGAUCUAAUCUACCAAUACUUCAACUUUUUAUAUGUACACAUUACACCUCAGAUGUCAAAAUAAA